CGCUACACCCACACACCGAUGCAGCAAGCGGGGAAAGCAAUCAAAGAGAUAUAGACAAAGCCCUUUUUUUCACCCCCUCUCUCCUCCCUAGCUAUAUAUGAUCCCCCUCAUGCCCCAACCCUUUCUACAACACACACACACAAGAUCACAAGCACAAUGCAGCCUCGCCUUUCCACCCCAUAAAGCCUCCGUUGGCACCCCUAUCCCACUAAGGAGCAAAAAGAGAAGAGGGAAAGGAGGCAAGCCAAAGGCCAGGGCAAGGCAAGGUAGCCUAGGUAGCUAGUUGCGGGCAAGGGCACGUACGUAGCUAGUGAGGUUAGCCCUUAAAAAGAAGAAAGCUUCCCCGACGCUUAUGGCACUAGUCAAGAGCCACCACCAAAUGUUGGCCUCGUCUUCAACAACCUCGUCGUCGUCCCCGUCCUCUCAGCAGCAGCUGCUGCUGCCGCCGGUGCCGCCUCUGCCCGUCGUGACCAGCUCAUCCUGCGUCGCCGCCGACCAGCCCUCCCCCGCCAAGCGCAAGAGGCGCCCGCCGGGCACGCCAGACCCUGAUGCGGAGGUGGUGGCGCUGACGCCUCAGACGUUGCUGGAGUCGGACCGGUACGUGUGCGAGAUCUGCGGGCAGGGGUUCCAGCGGGAGCAGAACCUGCAGAUGCACCGGCGGCGGCACAAGGUGCCGUGGCGGCUGGUGAAGCGCGCGCCGGCGCCGCCCUCUGGAGGAGGAGAGGACGGGAGCAACGGCGGCGGCACGGGAGGAGCGGGAGCGGCGUCGACGGCGGCGCCUCGGAAGCGCGUGUUCGUGUGCCCGGAGCCGAGCUGCCUGCACCACGACCCUGCCCACGCGCUGGGCGACCUGGUGGGGAUCAAGAAGCACUUCCGGCGGAAGCACGGCGGGCGGCGGCAGUGGGUGUGCGCCCGCUGCGCCAAGGGCUACGCCGUGCAGUCCGACUACAAGGCGCACCUCAAGACCUGCGGCACCCGCGGCCACUCCUGCGACUGCGGCCGCGUCUUCUCACGGGUGGAGAGCUUCAUCGAGCACCAGGACGCGUGCAACUCCGGCCGGAUCCGCGGCGAGGCGCCGGGUGUGCCGCCGGUGCUCCCGGCGCUCCGCCCGUCCGUCAUGAGGCAUCCUGUCUCGGGCGGCGCGACACCGACUCCUCCGCCGGAGCUCCAGCUCCUCCCGGCAGCCACCAAGGCGCCGCCGACCGACAUUUCCUUAUUCUCGGUCUCCCACGAGCCCCACGCGACGACGACGAAGCUCGAGCUCUCCAUCGGCGCCGCCCCGGACGACGACGGGAGGGAGGAGGUGCGGCGGGCCAUGCAGGAGAAGGCCUGCGCGGACGCCGAGCGGGCGCGGGCGCGCGACGAGGCCGCGGCGGCGGAGCGCGCGCUGGAGGAGGCCCGCCGCGCGCGCCAGCGCGCCAGGGGCGAGCUGGAGAGGGCGUGCGCGCUGCGCGACCACGCCGCGCGGCUGCUCGCGCAGGUCACGUGCCACGCCUGCCGCCAGCGCUCCUUCGCCGUGGUGCCCAUGGUGGGCGUCGUCGCGGCCGGCGGCGACGGGCACGGCCACGGCCACGGCGGCGCCUCGGCGGUGGCCUGCGAGUCCCUGAGGAGAGGAGCAGGGUUAGGACUGUAAUGGGCCAUCUAGCUAGUACAUGCAUGUGCAACAUUUGCGCUCGCGCGUCGUACGUACGUGAGUGCACGCAUGCGCGUGCGUGUGUAUGUAACCAAAGGCCGGACCGUAAUGUAAUGUUGUUUGGCCAUGAAAGAAGGAAUGCUUUUGUAUA